AUGAAGCCUGGAAGAGGUCGGCGAAUGUUUCGAAAGAUCUUGGAGUUUUUCCAUUUCACUCCACCGGUAUCCAUCAAAAAACAAACGGCCAAGAAAACAUGCUACACCUUUAGAGUUGUUGGACCCAAGGAUCACUCUACCACCACCACCAACUAUGAUGACUGCCCCCCUCAAUACACUUGCAAUUCUGAAGAUGAAAAAUCAGCCGAAGAGUCAUUCCGCAUUGAGAUUCAAAAUGAGGUUGUUCAGCUCUGGAGACGAGUCUGGCUAGGUCUCUACGAGGUUGAUGAUGGCGAUGGUAUCUACGAAAGACGGCAUCAUUACGAUCGACUUGAAGCACUUUACCUUGGGGCAGGUUUUCCUGGUAAACUGUCUACUGCCGGGCUUGAUGCUCUUCGACGCUGGUUCUUAUGGAUUAGUCCUCGGAAUGGCAUGGCUGCAUUGCGUCUGUUUGACAAUAUGUCUAUCCCCACUUUGCAGUCAAUCAUUGAAGUAUUGAAUGCAUAUGAGAGUGAGAUCCCGCACCUGCUGCAGCUUUAUUCAAUUUUGGGUAAGGCACAACUAGGAUUGACGCAGCUACUUGCGUUGAAGAAUGAUCAUAUCGCGGAGACGAAAAAGCGCUUUUUGGCAAUUGCGAAGCCUAUGGCAAGACGACUUGAAAAGUACGAUAUUCGAGUUGAUGUCCUGACGAUGAGAAGUUUUGACGAAGCUAUGGCACUAGGACAUGAAGGUUUUCGACAGAAAGGCCAACAUGUUUAUUACAAAGCGUUUCCAAACCGACGUCGUUAG